AUGGCGUCCGAAGACGAAUCGCAGGCCUUCGAUAUCACCCAUGACGAAAAAGACUGGGACGCCCAGAAGGAGAAUUUCCGCAAGUGCUACAUCGAUCAUAACAUGACCAGGAAAGACGCCGCGCAGUACAUGAAAGACCACUUCGAUUUCGACGCCACUCCGCGGCAGUGGGAGCGCAAAAUCAAGCAGUGGGGGUUCACCAAGUACUCAAGCCGGGAUGACAGGUUGCAACAAAUCGCGCAAACCGGCAAAUCAAUCUUCGAUAUCGGCCGCCCAGGUCGGAGGCCUCGAGCGCGUACGGAUGAGCAUGGCAAUCUUCAUCCUCAUGAUGACCGCAACCUGCGGCGAUUUGCUCGUCGAGAAGUCAGUCGUUCCAGGUCCAGGUCCAGGUCCCAGUCUUUCACUGGCAGGUCGACCCCGAACAUCAAGGACGAACAUCAGCCUGGCCCGUCCAACACGGUAACAGACCAAACAUACAAUCUCAAGCUCUCAAAUCCUGCAUUGCUACAUCCACCCAGUAGCGGCGGUUUCAAUAUUGCUGCCACGCCCGCUUCUGGCGACCAGGACGAGCCAAUUCAGCUGCAUUAUCUUCGCGAGGAGAACCCCCCGGCUGCUAGUGAAGCGAACGAACCUGAAAUCCUCCUCACUGUGGAUAAUAGUGAGGAGUGGCCUCAGACCCAACUCUCUGACCUGGCCGCACAGUUUGACUUGGGAGAUGGACCAGACCAAUAUCAAGCUUUCGCGGACGAUAUUCUGUUGACUCAGGGGCUGGUGGGAGAUGAUCUCCAAAACCCGAACCCUCAAUAUUCGCUCGACCCGAAUGACCCUUCCUUGAGUUAUCCAAUCAGUGGCCAUACAAUGUCCAUAUCUACAGGGUUCGACCACUUCGCCGUGUCCGGAAACGGUAUGGAAACCAAUCCUGGCGUCCUCUCUGAUAACAUCCUGCCCGACCAGCAAAUCUUUGGGACUGGGCCACAGAUUCAACCAGCGCCAAAUGCACUAGACUCAAUGAACUUGAACCUACCCAUAAUCACUUUUGACGUGGUAGAACCCGACCCUACAAUGAUGCUGCCUCCACCUGAGACUUUGCCUUUCCCCAACCUGCCGGAUAUGCCGGAACCGGGUCCAGAUCUAUCAGUAUCGGAUAAUGGACCUUUACAUAGCGAUGUGAUGCCACUUGUGGACGAGUACACCAGGGCUGUUCAUAGUACCGCUCUAUGGAGCCUCGGCCAUCAGCAAUAUGGUGAUCAGUUUGCGGAAAAUUUAGCUGCAAGUCUUGACCAGCCCGGACAAGUAUUCAAGGCUAAAAUGGCUGUGGUGUUGGAAAACUUUGCAAAAUCCCAACAGCGGGCAUUCCAAAGCAUGCGGGACACUUGUAGCAAACUCCGACAGAAAAACGCAGUGCUAGAACAGAUGCUGAAAGAGGAGAGCAGAAGAGACAUGGGCCAGUCUGCAGCAGCUGGGCCUCACCGAUCGUCACUCCCCGUGCAGGCCUCCGUGUAUGACAAUAUAUAUUCGCCCAACUAUUGA